AUGCGCGCCCUCGCGCCCUCGCGCGUCGUCGCGGCGCCCCGUCGCGCUCGUAAAAGUCGCUGUCGAUCGACCCCGCGCCCUGACGUCGCCGCGCCGCUCCAACGCGUCGUUGAGUACGCCGAAGACGAGUCGAGUUGGGAACUUCAUCGCGGCGUCCCGAGCGAAAUCCAGCGCGAUAUCGACGCUCUGAUCGCGAGCGCGCGCGUGGACGGUGGGAUCGAUAACGCGGUGCGAGGGGAUGGGGACUGGAGGGUGUUUGCCGCGCCGCACAUCGUUCGAUUGGCGACGCCGCUGGGGGUUCUGUUUCACCCGCUGCGAUACGUGAUACGCGACGGGACGAUUUCUUCGGACGUGCGACAUCGAGGGCGGUUCGUCCCGGAUGGGUGGUUGAGCGCGAGCGGAACGGUACAGGCGGCGGAGUCGCGAGUUUGCGAGGGGAUGGUUCGACCGGCGUGUCGCAUCGGGUUCGACACAUUUUGGGUCGGCGCCGGAGCGUCGGCGGAUGAGCCGAGAGCGGGUCCCGGCUCUGGUGUGGUGGAUAAGGCGAUCAACGCGGUGGGGAAGCUUGGCUUCGUCGAUGCAAUCGCGACGUUUCCGGUGUUGUUUUACGAUGAGCGCGCUGGUGUGGUGAUUUUUCAGUUUCCGCCGCUGAAAUCCAACAUCGCGGCGUUUCGACGACGCGGGUAG